AUGCCACCACAAUUUCAACAAGAUAAUUAUGAUAAAUGUUUAAAUGAACCUGAUGGUGUUUAUUGUUCUGUGGAAUUUGCUCUAGUGUCUGAUGCACCAAGUGACCUUUUGACAAUGAUUCAGGAGUACUCAGAAAACAGUGAUCGCCAUUUCAACCAUACAAAACCACAUUACGGAAUAUGUUUAACGCAGUCAUGUCGAAGUUAUAUAAAAGAUAAAGCAGUGGGCACAAAGGAGAGCCUUGAGGGAUGCCUCAACGAGUCAUUAUGGAAUGAAUACAAACUAAAAACCAAAGUAUUAGGUAACAUUAAAUGCACAAAAUCCAACGAAGAAGUAAAUGUAGACGGUGCAGAUAUUGCAACAUUUGACUAUGUGGGAUAUCAAUUUGGAUACAACGCCACAAUAAUUGUUCAAAUAUUUUUCUUAAUUUCGGGAUUAUUACUGUCAUACAAUCUGCAAAUCGCGGCGGAGACCAAAACAUUGGACUGGCUUGAAAUACCAAAGCGAAUCGGUAUACGAUGGCUGAGAUUGACGCCACCAUAUGCAAUUGUUUUAGCCAUAACAUCUACAUGGCUCAAAUAUGCUGGAUCGGGACCCUUUUGGAAGAUAAUAGUAAAUGAUGCAGUGACUGAUUGCCGCCAAUCAUGGUGGAUCCACCUCUUUUACAUAAGAAAUUAUUAUAAAAAUAGCAAGUGCAUGCUUCACGCAUGGUAUGUGGCAGCAGAUUUUCAAUUGCACAUAGUUGGUUUGAUCCUCUGUGUGUUAUUUAAAGGACACAUAAGAAGGAUUUUUCUGGUCGUCUUGUUGAUGAUUGGAGUUAUAGCACCAGCUUUUCAUACAUACUUCCAAGAUUUGAAUGGAUCGUUAGUUGUAACAUUGGAAAUGAUAAGAAACAUAUAUACCACUGACCCAACAUUUGUGAACGUGUAUACACCCACACACACGAACAUAGCUUGCUUUGUCAUUGGCCUUGCACUCGGAUUAAUUAUCUACAACAUGAAAAAUAGAAACUUCGAUAUUGCAAAGUAUAGGAAAUACCUGCCCAUGUACUACGCAAUAGUGCCAGUAGGAUUCGCCCUUGCUAUAGCAGGCAUGGCUGCAUACAGAGACGGUCCACGACUCUCUAUAUACAUACGAGUCUUGUUCUCUUUACUACUAAAGCCUGUAUUUGGGAUGUGCAUCGCAGUUUUAAUAUUUGGUAUGGUGUUCAAAUUUGAAGGAACAAUUCGCGGAUUCUUGGAGGCACGCAUUUGGACUGUUAUAUGUAGAGUUUCCUAUUGCGCUUAUCUCUGUCACAUUGCCUUAGUCAGGAUGAUGACUGGUUCCAGUAUCAUGAUACGAGUCAACGUGAUAAAUUUAAUUAAUUUAACCCUCGGCAUGGUCUUCAUGGCUUUCUUAAUAGCAGUGGUCCUGUAUCUUUUCGUUGAGGCGCCAUUCUUGGGAAUCAUAGACACGAUUAGAGCGAGAGACACAAGCCAUCGGAAAGCAAGCGUGAACAGUUUAAAGAACAAAAAAUUAAUUGAAGGAAACACUGCUAUAUAA